AGAGUGAGGGAAGUCUCCUGCUAUGCCACUGCAGAGUCUGCUGGUAAGUGCUGGAAAGGUGUUCAGCAGAGGUAUUGGAGUUAGUCAUGCAGAAAGAGAAUUUUCUUCCCUCACCUUGGAGAAGGGAAAUGUUAAAAUCAGAUGAGAAGGCUGCAGAUUUGGACGGACCAUAAAGUUUCUUGGUGGGAGAGCAAGACCUAGAGGAGUCAAGGAAACAGGACUUGAUCUAAGGAUAUCCUAGCAUUAUAUCUGUCUUUGCCACAGUGGUUUGUGCUUUUCAGCUGUAUCAUGAAGAGUAUCAUGUGUACCUUUUAACAGGGCUUUGAAAUCAAAUGUAGAAAGACAUUAGAUCAGAUUUCAUUGCUGGACUCUGAAUAGUGACCACGAGAGGUCCUUCCUCUCACAGCACAACACUGCUACUGGGGCUGCUAACAUCUAUCCAUGCUUGCAGCAUGUUGCCUUUAGAGCCGUGACACUUUUUAAACUUUAAAUAUGCGUUUUAAAUUAAAACAGUGUGAUAAUGCCACUUUUUAGAGACAUCUUUUCAAAUUAAAGUUUAACAGCUUGAAAAACUGCUAAGUUGCUAUUGCUAAUGUCUUCUGGCUUGCACGGCACUGAGGCUGAAAUGCAACAUCUCAGAAAUGAGAACAGAACAGGAAGGAACUUCUACGGUUUCUGUUGCAAAAUCUACAGUGUGAUGUGCCAAUAAGCAGCACCUUUAAGAAGAAGGUCUUUUUUGUGUCUGCCUUUACUUUCUAACAUAAAAGGUCAGUAUGUGCCAACAAACGUUACAUGUGCUUUCGAGGUAUGGGAGUGCUAUUUAUGUUGAGUGCAAUAAAAUGUCUGAAGUCUUAGCUUCAUUGUUGUAACUAGAGAAUAACUGAUUAUUCAGUGUGUAAAGAGACGUUCAUUACUGUAGAGGUGAAUUUCUAGAAACAUUGCUGAGAAAAAAUAAAAAUAUCUGAGACACAUUACAGAUAUAUUCACCUCACUGUAAGCAAAACCAGUUUAUAAAACUAAUAUUAAUAUUUAUAUAGAUAUUAAACCAUACAGAUUUUCCACAGGAGAGGGAAUUUCUAAAUAACUUUUUCCCUCCCAAUGAAUUUAUGAAAACAAGCUGAAAUACCAACCAGACAAAGAGAUGCAGGUACUUCUUUGUGAGGUUAACUUUGCAGUAUCAAAAGAAAAGAUUCCAAAAACUCAUCCAGGAAGAAAACCUUCUGUUGCAAGAUUCACAGGUGAAGUGGAAGAUGUACCAGAGCCAGCUUUAAAUUAGAUUUUUCAGGUUGCGUUAGCAGUACAACUGAGUUAGUACAGAGCCCAGCAUUGUUCAGUUUUUCAGGCUUUCUUUCUGUGACUCUAGUGUGGACAUCCUCUCGAUACUUCCGUAGUUUCUUGCUUCGGGAGGAUGCCCUACCUGAACACUUCUUCUCUCACAUACUUUUGUUAUUACUUAAAAAUGCUAACAGAACUUGUAUUUAGAUUUCUCCAAAUUGUAUUUAAUCUCUCCUUGAAAUGACGUACAGCAUACUUACUAAACUUUCCAUUACUCUCCAUCAGAUCAGGUUGGGAAAUCUUAUUAGCUAUAACCCAGGAUGGCCUUUCCUAACAUUUUUUUGCACCCUAUUUUGUAACACCCUGACUCCAUGUAUUAGAUGUGACAUGACCCUGAGCACCAGAACAGUAUAGCCCACGUUGCUCAGGCUGAGCAGGAUCUCCAUGGAGCCUGCAUAUCCACAGUACUUAAGUUCUUAUUCAGGUGUAGAAGGAGUUGACUGUAGUGUGUACAAAACUCAGUGCACAGUAGCAAACAAAAUGUAUAGCUUUGAUCUAAAAAUUUGUGGUUAUUAUCUGGCUUUGAAGAGGGCAGAUUUGUGCUGCAGAUAAACAAAUGGAUGAAUGACUAGCAGAAUUCAAACAGUGUAUGUGGUGUUCUCUGAAGAAACAUGCAGAUACUCAGGAAAGAGGUGAACUAGUAACAGAGACUUCAAAACCACCACAAUCAUGAUUUCUCUAAGGAUCUCUUUUUUGCACUUACUGCAAGGUCAUGCUUGUUUUUAAGAGAAUGGUUUAUAAUGUUGUAAAAUACUGCAGGUUCUACUCCCAAGCAUUCCAACCUUUUUCUCUAGUCUGGAGUAUUUUUGAAUAACCAUUGCAGCUUGUUCCAAGUGUGAGAUUCCACCAUUAUCUCUCAAAAUAUGUACAAGGAGAAUUUCAGAAAUAUGACUGAAGAGAACAUAGCCAGCAAUGGCUCCUUCUCUGCCUUUGCCUACACCAACACCACAAGAGCUAUCCUGAUUACUGUCUACUCAGUUGCCUUUGCUGGAGGUGGGAUAGGAUCCACUGCAAUGUCAUUUGUGCUGGUCAAGAUGAACAGUCUGUCUGUGACCACUACAGCCAUAAUUAAUCUAGUUGUGGUACAUGGUCUCCUUCUCCUCACAGUGCCCUUCCGUCUGCACUACUAUGUCAAUAAGGAGUGGAUCUUCCACAUACCAUUCUGUAAAAUGGUGAGUGCUAUGGUGCACAUCCACAUGUAUUUGACUUUCCUAUUCUACGUGAUCACACUGGUGAUCCGGUGGUUGGUCUUCUUUCAAUGGAAGGACAAGGUAGAGUUUUAUAGAAAGCUACAUGCCAUUGCUGCAAGCGUUGCUGUGUGGGUCAUUGUCAUCAUCUUCAUGGUGCCUGUCUUCUGCAUUCAGUAUGGACGCUCAGGGACGUAUGAUGACAAAGCAUGCUUUAAAUUCCACAAGGAGCUGAAACAGGACAGCGUCAAAAUCCUGAACUACCUAAUAAUUGCAGCUGUCGCCUUAAUUACUUCUGUUCUCCUGGGCCUGCAGAUUUUUAUUCUGGUCAAAGUGUCAAGAAAACUCUCCACCUCUCUCUGGUCACACCAAGAGUUCUGGGCCCAGGUGAAGAACUUGAUAUUCAUCUGUGUCAUCAUAAUUUGCUUCCUUCCAUAUCACCUCUUUAGAGCUUACUACAUAAAGUAUGUGAGUGACAGUGAACACUUAGAAAGCUACAAUGAAGUUUUUUUGAGUCUCACCAGCCUAAGCUGCCUGGAUCUGCUAUUCUUUGUGCUGAGUGGAAGCCGUCUCUUCAAACAAAAGUUUGGCAUGCUUCGAAGCAGGCUGUCCUGCUGCUAGCUCCAACUGCAUGGGAACCUGGAUCUGGCAGAGCACAGUGCUGGAGAAGCAUGGCAAAUCCACUCAACACGUCAAAGUGAGCACUGGAAACAACGUAAAACUGCUCCCCAAAAUAAUGGGAUAAACCACCUACCACAUCUGAGAUGGUUGACUGGAGGCCUACCUCUAGGAUUUCCUCACAGCCCUGUUUAGUGAGGAGUGGAUACACCUCGAAUAGUAGGAGGAAAGGGCAUGGGCUCAUCAAUUUUAUUUUUUUUUACAUCAAGCUUAGUGAACUCUAAGGCACCACAGUGAAACUCAAGAGAAUUUGCAAAGUGUGUAGAAACACAGACACAAAUAAAUGUAAUUUUUAAUGGAAUUUGGGACAGACCUUUGAAAUGUAAUGAUCCAUAACGUUUUCCACAUAUGUAUCUUAUUUAUUUCCUGCAAACUCUCAUAAAAUAUUGAUGAAGCUAUUGUUCCACUUAAAUGUGUCUGUUACUUCACUGUAAAGACAAGUGUCACUUCCCAAAUGUACUGAGUAACUCAAACAAUUCUUUAAAAACAAACUAUCAGUACAUAUUAAUUUCUUUAAAAGAUUUUCUCAGAAUCACUUUUUGGAGAUAUCAUUGCAACAGAAAAGAGUUUUGUUCUCUUUCCCGUACUGUGAUAACAUCUCCAGCAGCAAAAAUUACACAUCAUCAUUGAAUAUUGUAUGUUUAGAAUACAAGCUACAGAUUUGUUCAAUUUUUAAGAAAAAGUAGUGCUGAGAAUCAUUUUAUUUAGAUCAUUCAGGCAACAGUUGUCCUUUCUUAAAAAGUCAAAUAUUUUAUGUUUCCAAGGUAAAUAUAAAGCAUUUUUUUUUCACCUGUGUUAAUUUUUUGCAGUUCUGAAGUUUGUACAUAAUUACUUUUUUGGGUAUCUUUAACAUGGAAUCAAUUCUAUAAAUGUUGUACACUGGACUAGUAGAAGAAAUUAAAACAAUACUGCUCAGAUUGAAGGGACAGAGAAAGCUAAUGAACCUGGUCUAUCUAAAAAGCUUACUAUAUCUCAGUGACUAUUGCUGAGUUGCUAUUUCUGAAGAGAGAAUUAAUCUGUAUUUGAAAAGAGGAAAAAAAUCAGCAAAAUAAUUCUAUGGAAGACAUCCAGGAUUUCAUAGCUCUUCUGUUUUACACCUAUCCCAAAAAAGACUAUCAAAUUCUGACUGCUGUGACACAGGACGGCAAUGACUAAUUUAUCUUUCUUCCUCUUGACAUCUUUAAAAGGUCAUAUUCUUAAUUUAGACAGUAGAAUAAUAUCUUGAUAUUUUGACAAAUCAUAGGUUAGCGGCUAAUUAAUUUCCAGUGGAAGUCUCCUCCCACAGUGCUGCUGAAAUUCACCUUAUCUUAUUUCUGAAUCUUUCAAUUUCUUGCUACUCCGUCAUCUCUUUCUCACCAUACAGCAAUCAAAUAAUAACUGUUGGGUCUUCCCGUACUUGCACAAUCCUACUGCUAUCUUACUCUGCUUUUGGUCCCAUCAAAAAGUGAUGUCCAAGAUGGUUAUAUCACGAGAUCCUAUUUCUUCCAAAUUCUUUCUUUCCCUGUCUUCCUUCCUGAUGCAAGCUCUAUUGUAUCAGUAGGACUGACCAUGAGAGAUUAUUUUCAGGUCAGUCUGAGUACUGCUACAUGACAACGAAAAUUAGUGAUUUGGAUAUCACUGAAGUUCACAAGGGAGAUGUGGGGAUGCUCACGUGGCCCACUCUUGGCAAAGUGCCUAGAUCACAACAGCUGUUAAGAGAGAAUUGUGAGAGUUUGCAAUGUGUGUGAAUCUGAGACGAAACUGUUUGAGGUGUUUUCCACAAGAGCAUCAUGUUAAAGAGGAAGAGGACCACCAGCCAUAUUAAACAGUAACUGUGAAACUAGAGAGACAUUUGAAACAAGGAAAAAGUCAGCUUGGAUGUGUAGUUCGCUGACUGCCAAUUAACUAUGUGUCAUCAAGAAAGCAAUAAGCUACUCUGAUCCAUAUUUAGUUCAAAAAAUACAUGAACAAAACACUUUUACCCUGUAGCAGGAGAGAAGACAGAUAUGACAGGUUGGGCUCAAAGGGGUUACAGGCUGGCAGCCAGUGACUUGUGGGGCUCUGCAGGGUUCCAUUUUAGGGACAGUUUUCUUCAGUAUUUUCAUAAAUGGUUCAGAUGCAUGACUUGAUGGUAUACUGAGUGAAGUUUGAAGGUGACACUAAACUGAGAGGAGCUGGUGACACCCUUCAGGGCAGAAAGGCCUUGCAGAGAGAUCUUGAAAAUGUGAGGGCUGGGCAGUCACCAAUGGCAUAAAGUUUAACAAGAGCACCAGAUUCUGCACCUUGGACAUAGUAACCCUCUUCCUGUGCUGGAGUUCAAGAAGCAUUUGAACAACGCUCUCAGACACAGGGCUCAAAUUUUGGGCAGUCCUGCAGGGAGCCAGUAGUUGGACUGGUGAUCCAUGUGGAUCCCUUCCAACUAGGAACAGCCUAUGAUUCUAUGGUACAUUUCUGUUUUCACUUGCAGCAACAUCUUUGGUAGAGAAAAAUGUAUUACAUGCAUUCUGUAAGCACUGCAUAUCUUUGUAAUGCUAUAUUAUAAAUAUUUUUAUAUAAUAAAGUUUUUUAUCAAAAAAAUAAAGCAUA